GUGAAGGAAGGCAGAAUCAAAGCGGCGCAUCUUAAGGAAGGUGGGGUUCCUGUGGAAGAGGGAAGGCAGGCGACUGGAUAGGGUCUGGCUCGGGAGGCCGGCAGAGCAGCAGCUGCAGAAGCAGGCAGCGGCAGAGAGGGCAUGGUGUCGGGAGGCGCCGAGAAGGAGGCGCAGUCCGUCCCUCCCAGGGUUAGUGAAUGAGGCUCUCCGCCCGGGCUAGCCCGGGGACUGUGCGCUGCGGGUCCCAGCAUGAGUGCGGGCCCCGGCUGUGAGCCCUGCACCAAGCGACCCCGCUGGGGCGCCGCUGCAACUUCUCCGCCGGCCGCCUCGGACGCCCGGAGCUUCCCCGGCAGGCGGAGGCGCGUCCUCGAUCCCAAGGACGCUCCGGUGCAGUUCAGGGUCCCGCCGUCCUCGUCAGGCUGCGUCCCGGGGCGGGCGGGACAGCACAGAGGCAGCACCACCUCGCUUGUUUUCAAACAGAAGACUAUUACCAGUUGGAUGGACACGAAAGGACUCAAGACAGCUGAAUCAGAAAGUUUGCAUAGUAAAGAAAACAACAACACAAGAGAAGAAUCCAUGAUGAGUUCUGUACAGAAAGAUAACUUUUAUCAACAUAACAUGGAAAAAUUAGAAAAUGUUUCUCAGCUAGGUUUUGAUAAAUCACCAGUUGAAAAAAGUACACAAUAUUUGAACCAGCAUCAGACUGCAGCUAUCUGUAAGUGGCAAAAGGAAGGGAAACAUUCAGAGCGGCUUUUGGAAAGUGAACCUCCAAUAGUAACUCUGGUACCAGAGCAGUUCAGUAAUGCUAACAUUGAUCAGUCACCCCAAAAUGAUGAUCACAGUGACACAAAUAGUGAGGAGAGUAGAGAUAAUCAACAAUUUUUGACACCUAUAAAGCUUGCAAAUGCAAAACAGACAACAGAAGAUGAACAGGGUGUAGAAGCCAGAAGCCACCAGAAGUGCAGCAAAGCUUGCCAUCCCGCCGAAGACUGUGCAGCGUGUCAGCAGGAAGAGACAGACGUGGUGCCAGAGAGCCCCUUGUCAGAUAUCGGCUCUGAGGAUGUUGGUACUGGACUGAAAAAUGCCAACAAAUUGAGUAGACAAGAAAGUAGCCUAGGAAAUUCUCCUGCAUUUGAGAAAGAAAGUGAACCCGAGUCACCAAUGGAUGUAGAUAAUUCCAAAAAUAGUUGUCAGGACUCAGAAGCAGAUGAAGAGACAAGUCCAGGUUUUGAUGAACAGGAAGAUAGUUCCACCCAAACAGCAAAUAAACCUUCAAGGUUCCAAGUAAGAGAAGCUGACACUGAAUUGAGGAAACGGUCCUCUGCUAAGGGAGGUGAGAUUCGAUUACAUUUCCAAUUUGAAGGAGAGAGUCGCGCUGGAAUGAAUGAUUUAAAUGUCAAACUACCUGGAAGUACUUCUAGCCUGAAUGUAGAGUGCAGAAAUUCUAAGCAACAUGGGAAAAAGGAUUCUAAAAUCACGGAUCAUUUCAUGAGAAUGCCGAAAGCAGAGGACAAAAGAAAAGAACAAUGUGAAAUCAAACAUCAGAGAACAGAAAGGAAGAUCCCUAAAUACAUUCCACCUCACCUUUCUCCAGAUAAGAAAUGGCUUGGAACUCCUAUUGAGGAGAUGAGAAGAAUGCCAAGGUGUGGGAUCCGGCUGCCUCCGUUGAGACCAUCUGCCAAUCACACAGUGACUAUUCGGGUAGAUCUUUUGCGAGCAGGAGAAGUUCCUAAACCUUUCCCAACACAUUUUAAAGAUUUGUGGGACAACAAGCAUGUUAAGAUGCCUUGUUCAGAACAAAACUUGUACCCGGUGGAAGAUGAGAAUGGUGAGCGAACUGCAGGGAGCCGGUGGGAGCUCAUUCAGACUGCACUUCUCAACAAAUUCAGUCGACCCCAAAACCUGAAGGAUGCUAUUCUGAAAUAUAAUGUGGCAUAUUCUAAGAAAUGGGACUUUACAGCUUUGGUUGAUUUCUGGGAUAAGGUAGAAGUACUAGAAGAAGCAGAAGCUCAACACUUAUAUCAGUCCAUUUUGCCUGAUAUGGUGAAAAUUGCACUCUGUCUGCCAAAUAUUUGCACCCAGCCAAUACCGCUCCUGAAACAGAAGAUGAAUCAUUCCAUCACAAUGUCACAGGAACAGAUUGCUAGUCUUUUAGCUAAUGCUUUCUUCUGCACGUUUCCACGGCGCAAUGCUAAGAUGAAAUCGGAGUAUUCUAGUUAUCCAGAUAUUAACUUCAAUCGGUUGUUUGAAGGACGUUCAUCAAGGAAACCAGAGAAGCUUAAAACACUCUUCUGCUACUUUAGAAGAGUCACAGAGAAAAAACCUACUGGGUUGGUGACAUUUACAAGACAGAGUCUUGAAGAUUUUCCAGAGUGGGAAAGAUGUGAAAAACUCCUGACUCGAUUGCAUGUCACUUACGAAGGUACCAUAGAAGGAAAUGGUCAAGGCAUGCUACAGGUGGAUUUUGCAAACCGUUUUGUUGGAGGUGGUGUAACCAGUGCAGGACUUGUGCAAGAAGAAAUCCGCUUUUUAAUCAACCCUGAGUUGAUUGUUUCACGGCUCUUCACUGAGGUGCUGGAUCACAAUGAAUGUCUUAUCAUCACAGGUACUGAACAGUACAGUGAAUACACAGGCUAUGCCGAAACAUACCGUUGGGCCCGGAGCCAUGAAGAUAGGAGUGAAAGGGACGACUGGCAGCGGCGCGGCACUGAAAUCGUUGCCAUCGAUGCCCUUCACUUCAGACGCUACCUCGACCAGUUUGUGCCUGAGAAAAUCAGACGCGAGCUUAACAAGGCUUACUGUGGAUUUCUUCGUCCUGGAGUUUCUUCAGAGAAUCUUUCUGCAGUGGCCACAGGAAACUGGGGCUGUGGUGCCUUUGGUGGCGAUGCUAGAUUAAAAGCCUUAAUACAGAUACUGGCAGCUGCUGUAGCUGAGCGAGAUGUGGUUUAUUUCACCUUUGGGGACUCAGAAUUGAUGAGAGACAUUUACAGCAUGCACACGUUCCUUACUGAAAGGAAACUGACUGUUGGAGAAGUAUAUAAGCUGUUGCUACGAUAUUACAAUGAAGAAUGUAGAAACUGUUCCACCCCUGGACCAGACAUCAAGCUUUAUCCAUUCAUAUACCAUGCUGUUGAGUCUUGUGCGGAGACCACCAACCAGCCAGGACAAAGGACUGGGGCCUGAGGAUCCAAGUGACUAGAACCUCCUUCCACCUCUCAUGAGAAACAUCCUUUCUGAAUUGUCAGGUGUAACAUAUGAACUGACUUAAUAUAAAUGUGUAUAUAAUCCACAUUUGUAGGCAAGGAUGCAGUCCCUUCCACAAACAUAGACAUAUUUUGUUUCCAUUUUUUUCUAUUUCAGUCUUCAUUCUUUGAUUUUUCUUUCUUUUGCCCAUCAGAUUUCUUGUGAAAUUUCAUGAAAGUUUGUGCUCAGCCUGUCAGGUCUCUUUUUUGAUGCCUGUAUAUUAUACAAAUUGCCUCUGCAGCUAGCAGAUGCCAGGGAAGAAGGUGAAAUCCUAGAAUCUGUUUAACUAACUGGGUCUGCUAAAGAUCUCCCUGUGAGCCUUUCACCCCCUACUCUUGUUAUGAUUGCAUUGUUGGAGUUUUUGAUUUUUGAAAAUUAAGAGUUGGGGUUUUUUUUCAUACAUGUUACAUAAUGCAGAUCCCCUAGGUUAAAAGUUUUGUAUUUAAGGCAGAAUAAUUUCCAGAAAGUUAUUUAGCGACAUCACCUUUGUCUGUAAUGGUUUGUCUGUCCUUUUUCCCCGAUCAAUUUUUAUUGAUACUGUUUUUGGAAACUGACCGAAAUGGAAGGAAAUGUAGAAUAAAAGAAAGAGAGUUUCCCAAAUGGUGUUUAAAAAACAAACAGAUUCAAGAGACUUGAAGGAUCUUUUGUUUCUUGGGUUGUUUUUUUUUUUUUUCUUUCUUUUUGAAUUAGGAUUAUUGUUUGUUUCUUGGUGCUUGAGGCAUAUUCAUAUAACCAAAGUUAAGAAACUGGGAACUUCAUGGUGAUCUGUACAUAGUGAAGUUUCUCUGGUACUCAAAGGUUAUAUAGUUAAUAAAUUUUCAUUAACAAAUCAUUUGUCAAACUCCCAUAUCAUCUAUAUUUCAUAUAUAUAAAAAAACAUAUGUUCUUUAAGUGUG